AUGGCUAACAGGAGGAGGAGGAACACCGCUGGAGCUGAUGACAUAGCUCAAGCGAUCCAUCGUAUGGUGGACGCGAUGCAGCCCAUAGCGGCGCCACCCAGAGCUGUAGUGGCACCUACCCGGCCAGUAGCUAUGGAAGAUUUCAUGAAACACCGGCCGGCCAAGUUCUCUGGCAAAGCCACUCCUGACGAGGCAGAUGCUUGGAUGCGGGAGUGUGAGAAGAUCUGUAGAGUGCUGGGAUGCACAGAUGAGCAGAGGCUGUUGUUUGUCACGUUUCUUCUGGUGGCAGACGCAGAGUAUUGGUGGCAGGGGAUGCAGCAGUUGAUGCAGACCCGUGGGGAGCAGGUGACGUGGACUGUCUUCAGGACGAGGUUCCUGGAGAAGUACUUUCUCGACAGUGCGAGGCACGAACGGGAGGCAGAGUUCCUUACUCUUCAGCAGGGGACUAUGACCGUGGCGGCUUAUAUAGAGAGGUUCGAAUACCUGGCGCGUUUCUACACUCCAGAGGUUACUGAGGAGUGGAGGUGUAGGAGGUUCGAGGGCGGAUUAAAACAUGAGAUACGCCGCUUCAUUGUGCCACUUCGGAUUAGAGAGUUUCCAGUUUUGGUCGAGCAGGCCAAAACCGUGGAGCAGUUGGAGACUGGGUCGAGUAGUGGGGGGAAACAGGAUUGUACUAAACCUGCCAGCAGUACAGGUGGAGGCAGUAGUACUGGUAGGUGCUACGCAUGCCAGCAGACAGGGCACUUUGCACGUCAGUGUCCUAACAGAAGACAAGCUGGUGGUGCGCCAGCUACGAGACCAGUAGGAGACCGACCUAGAGCACCGGGGCGUGUGUUCGCCUUGACGACCACAGAGGCGAAACAGUCAGGUAAUCUUUUGCAGUUUCUAUGUUUGUUGUGUGACCACGAGGUAGUGGUGUUGUUCGACUCAGGAGCCACUCAUUCGUUUGUGUCUAAUGAAUGUGUGAGGAGGCUCGGGCUCACGAUGCGAGAGCUGGGGUGCGAGCUUUUAGUGGCGACGCCAGCGUCUGGAGAGGUAUCCACCACUUCUAUGUGCGUGGGGUGUCCUAUGGAGGUGGCAGGCCGUAGGUUCAGGUUGAACCUCAUUUGUUUGCCGAUGGAGGGUCUAGACGUGAUUCUGGGCAUGGAUUGGUUGUCGAGCAACUAUGUCGUCAUUGAUUGCGGGCAGCGUCAGAUAGUGUUUCCUGAGACGGUGGGGCUAGAACUGAUCUCGUCUAAUCAGGCGGCGAGAGAGAUUGAGGCUGGAGCUACCUGUUACAUGAUUGUGGCCCAGGCAGAGAAGAUGAGCACGGUUGAGCAGAUCAACAGGAUCCCGGUAGUGGAUGCAUAUGCAGAUGUAUUUCCGGAUGAGAUUCCAGAACUACCGCCUAGCAGGGAUGUAGAUUUCUCCAUUGACCUCAUCCCUGGCGCUGGGCCAGUUUCUAUGGCACCGUACAGAAUGGCGCCUGCUGAGUUAGCUGAGCUAAAGAAACAGAUUGAGGAUCUGCUUGAGAAGAACUCCCGGUUGUGUGUUGAUUACCGGCAGCUGAAUAAGCUAACGAUAAAGAAUAAGUACCCAUUGCCGAGGAUUGAUGAUCUGUUGGAUCAGUUGAGGGGAGCUGCGGUGUUCUCAAAAAUAGACCUGAGAUCUGGGUAUCAUCAGAUCCUUGUCAGGCCGGAGGAUGUCCAGAAGACAGCUUUUCGAUCACGGUAUGGUCACUACGAGUAUGUAGUGAUGCCUUUUGGGGUGACCAAUGCGCCGGCUAUAUUCAUGGAUUACAUGAAUAGGAUUUUCAGGCCAUAUUUAGAUCAGUUUGUAGUAGUGUUUAUCGAUGACAUUCUGAUCUACUCCGAGAGCAGAGAAGAACACGCAGAGCAUCUAAGAGUAGUAUUGGGGAUUCUCAGAGAGCACCAGUUGUAUGGGAAGUUGUCGAAAUGUGAAUUCUGGUUGGAAGAGGUACAAUUCCUGGGCCAUGUGAUCUCAGCCCAAGGAAUAGCCGUUGAUCCGGCGAAGAUAGAGACUGUGGUGAAGUGGGAGAGGCCCCAAACAGUUUCAGAGGUGCGAAGUUUUGUGGGUUUGGCAGGGUAUUAUCGACGGUUUGUGGAGGGUUUCUCCAAGAUGGUGAGUCCUCUUACACAGCUUACGAGAAAGGACCAGCCUUUCUCGUGGACAGACGAGUGUGAAGCUUGCUUCGAGGAUAUGAAGAGGAGACUGACCACCGCACUGAUAUUGGCAAUCCCUGACACGACUAAAACAUUUGAGGUGUACUGUGAUGCCUCGUAUCAGGGGUUAGGCUGUGUGCUGAUGCAGGAUAAACGGUCGGUAGCUUAUGCAUCGAGACAGUUGAAGGUGCAUGAGAAGAAUUACCCGACACACGACUUGGAGUUAGCGGCAGUCGUGUUUGCCCUCAAGACAUGGAGACACUACCUGUAUGGAGCGCAGUUCCAGGUAUUCAGCGAUCAUAAAAGCUUGAAAUACUUGUUUGAUCAGAAAGAGCUGAAUAUGAGACAGAGGCCGGAUGCCUUGAGUAGGAAGAGAAUUCAUGUAUCAGCUAUGAUGAUUAGGGAGUUAGAGCUGAUAGAACAGUUGAGGGACAUGAAUCUGGGGUUGGAUAUGGGGCCUGGACAGAUACGAUGCAGCAUGCUGAGGAUCACGAAUGAGUUCCUAGAUGAGCUUCGGGUGGAACAGGGGAAGGAUUAG